AUGUUUGGGGAAACUCUAUCUAAGGGUGCCCUGAUUUGGUACCAUAACUUACCCCCGAACUCUAUUGACUCGUUUGCCAUGUUGGCAGACUCAUUUUUAAAGGCAUUUGCUGGUGCCAUAAAAGUUGCAACAAGGAAGUCCGAUGUAUUCAAAAUAAAGCAAAUGGAGAAUGAGAUGUUGGGGGAGUUUGUAUACCGCUUCCAAUCAGAACGAAUGGAAUUACCACCGGUCUCCGCUGACUGGGCCGUACAAGCCUUUGCUCAGGGAUUAAAUGAACGUAGUUCGAUAGCUUCAAAGCAGCUAAAGCAAAACUUGAUUGAGUAUCCAGUCGUGACUUGGGUGGAUGUGCAUAACAGCAAGUUGCUAGCAAAGGAGUCAGGAAAUGCAGACAGGGUGUCAAGGUCGAAUAAGGAGAGAUAUCAGCCAUACAUCAAGGAUCGAAGGAACAUCUCAAGGCGUAACAUACCUCGAAAUGAUCGAAGAGCAGAUCGAGGUCAAAGUUCUCGGGGACUCAUGAGCAAAACCGAAUUUGAUAAGAACUUAGGACCAGCGGAGGCGCCCCGAUUAUUAGAGUACAACUUCAACGUCGAUGCUUCAGGUAUCGUCUUAGCCAUUGGAAAACUUAGAGAUACUAGAUGGCCCAAGCUUAUACAGACCAACCCUUCUCAGAGGAACCCCAACUUGGUGUGCAAGUAUCAUGGUACUCAUGGGCAUAGGACCAAGGAUUGCAGGCAACUUAGAGUGGAGGUAGCUCGGUUGUUCAACGAGGGGCAUCUUCGUGAAUUUCUCAGCGACCGGGCCAAGAACCAUUUUCGAGAAAGAGAUGCAAACAAGAAGAAUGAGCCCGAAGAACCUCAAAAUGUCAUUAAUAUGAUCAUCGGAGGAGUCAAUGUCCCAUAUGGACCCAUAUUCAAAUGCACAAGAGUAUCUAUCGCAAGGGAAAAACGGGCUCUCGAGACUACAUGCUCGAGGAUACACUUACAUUCAGUGAGGAAGACAUCGAGGCCUUAUCUUAGCCUCACAAGGAUGCACUGA